AUGAAUCGUGUAGAUUUAAAUCAAACGAUACUUUCUUCUUUAAAUUCAGGAGAUGAACAAUCAUCGGAUGAUGAAAUUAAGACUCUUAAUAGUACAGCAGCUACAGAUAAUGCCGAUGCUGAUAUUGAUACAACAUUAGCAUCCAUACGAUAUUCUCCAGCAAAUAUUCAAACAGUUUACAAUGAACUUUUAUUAAUUCGUCAACGUUUAUCACAAGAAAAUGAACGUUUAAAAAUCAAAUCAGAUUUAUUAAAUCAAUGGGAACAACGUAUGCGUGAAACAAUUGAACAUGGUUGGCAAGCACAUAAAGAUAAAUUUGAUAGUGAAUUAAAUGUCUAUAAAGAAAAAUUAAAUAAUGUAACAAAAGAUUUUAAACGAACAAAUGAUAGUUUACAAUUAUUACGUGAACAAAAUAGUGAAUUAAAACGUAAUUAUAAUGAUUUACGUGAAACAAAUGAUAAAUUAGCUGAAAAAACUAAACAAACAGAAAAACGUGCAGAAAAUUUAAUACGAUUAAAUCAAAUAUCAGAACAAAAAAUAAAAGAAUUAGAAAAAACUAUUGAAAUAAAUAAAAAAUGUCUAUUAAAUAAUCCAAAUGAUGAAUGUAGAAAAUCAAUGGAAAAUAUUCAUUCAUCUCGAACUACAUCAAUUACAGAUCAAUCGAAUGAACAUCAUUCAUCAACAACUUCACUGACAACUAUAUCAAAAUCUCCUAGUAUUGCUUCUCCUGAUUCUAUGAUUUUCUUAUUUAAUUGGUUAUCUGAUAUUACACAAACAACUGUAUCUGAAUGGCCAAAUACUUCUUCAAUAACACCAGAUACAAUUGAAAGAUAUUCGAAAUUAUUAACUAUUCUUGCUGAUCAAUCAUCGUUUUGUUUAAAUAAGAAUCAUUCAAAUUUAAUUAUUUCUUAUCUUAAAUUAGUUUAUUUUUCAUUAAUAAUGAUUGAAUGUCCAACAACAAGCGGACAAACGCGUCAUCUUUAUUCAUGUUCGUAUCGAAGAUUAUGUGAACAAAUUCUUAAAUGUGAUAAAAAUCAAGAACGUCCACAUCUUUUUGAUGAUAAUGAACCACUUAUUCGACUUUAUGCUUGUUUAAUUGUUUUAUUAACAUGUAAUAAAAUUAUUGAUCUUAUUACAUCUUAUAAUCAACUUCGACUUGAUUUAAAUUCAAAACCAUUUAUUGAUCUCUUUGUUACAAAUUAUGGUAUUAUCGCAUUAUAUAGAUGGCUUAAACCACCAUCACAUCACAAACGACUAAUAUUCGAUACAAUUGAUCUUCUUCUACUUCUUUGUACGGAUUCCAAAUCACUUCGUCCAUUUUUAAAACAAUUAAGUAAUGAAACAUGGUUUCAUUUAUUUUAUCAAUUAGCCCAACAAUGUAAUGAUGGUCUUGGUUCAUCAACAAAUCUAAGCAAUAUUCAUCUUCCACUUACUCCAACAUUUGAUCUUAAAACAAUGGAAAAACUAGGAAUAUUAUUUGAAAAACUUUCAGAAUUAACAGAAAAUCGUCGAUUAUUUUCAAAAUAUAAUUUUUUGUAUAUAUUUAAAGAAUGGAAACAAAAAUUUGUUAAUGAUAGUCCUUUUCUUGUACUUAAUAUGAAAUCAACAUUAUUAAAUUUAGAACAAUAA